AUGGACGAAGGACAUACAUACACCCAAAUGGGAUGCGGUGCCGUCUUUGCAACAGAUACUUUCUUCAUCACACCAAAGGUCCCGCAGUUGACAAAACCCGGUACGACAGAAACGACAAUGACAGCUGAGACAUUGGAGCCGACGAGCGACACGACCGAUGAAACCGCCCCAUCGGAAAUCGCCUCUGAGACAGCGAACGAGGCCUCUGGUUCCCAUCCGAGCAGUAACGUGGGCGCAAUAGUUGGUGGUGUCGUUGGAGGCCUGGCUGUUAUUUGCGGGACUGCUAUCGCUGCUUUAUAUCUGUUACGGAAGAACCGUGGUGAUAGACCGGAGACUGAGAAGGGAACUGCUACGAAACCGACGGCACCGGACGAUAGACCUAAGGAGCUGGAUGUAUCGAACCCUUUUGGGUUGUUGGAGAGUAAACAAGCUUCUGAGUUACAAGGGAGUGCCAGUCCAGCUCCUCCACAACUUCCUCCGGUCGAGCUACCCUAG